CCUUGCAAGCCCAUCUAGGUCCAGCCAUUGUGCAGCUUGUCUCUUACAUCCCAUUUCCUGUAGGUGGGGUUUCCCUAGGAAAUGGCUUUGACAGGAAGCUGGGUGAAGUCUGCAUUGCUGCGGCCAGACUGCACACACUGCCUUGGGCCCCAGCACAGAGUUUUUUUUAUGGAGACAACUAACAAGAGAAGCACCUGGGACAAUAGCCAUUCCAAUUUGGAACUUCUAUUCUUCUUGUAGCCAAGAAAGUGGAAGUGGGUCUUCAAUGACUUUUUAGAGUUUAAACCUUUUGGGGAUAGCCAAGUUUUCAGACAGAAUCUGCAUGUGGAGGGAAUUAACUGCAGUACGCUGUGGUUAUUCAGAAGAAUGCUUUUGGUGUUGUAUGUUUCAGUUCUGUGGUGGACUCUUCUUCUUUUGAUGGAUUGUCAGGAAGUUGCUAUAUUCACCAUGCAGUAUCAAGUGCUGGAAGAAGUACGGCCUGGAACUGUGUUGGGAAGGCUGCCUGAGGAACUUGGAUGGACUGAGGGCAAUUGGACCACAGGAACCUUCCAACUGCUUCAGUCUUCCACGGUGCUUCCCAUACAGGUGGAUUCUCAAAAUGGUUUAUUAAGCACCACAAGGAGGCUGGAUAGGGAGCAGCUUUGCUGCUACAGAGAUCCUUGUGUCAUCUUGUUUAGUAUUCUAGCUCCCAAAUAUUUAGCCCUGAUCCAUGUGGAGAUUCAUGUCUUGGACAUCAAUGAUAAUGGGCCUCAGUUUCCUCAAAUGGCACUGGAACUGGAGAUAUCAGAAAGCACAUUAUUACAGACACGAAUCCCUUUGGACCGUGCCCUGGACCCAGAUGCUGGCUUGAAUGCCCUAUGCUCCUACCUCUUAUCGCCCAGUGAGCACUUUGCCUUGGAGUUAACCUAUGGUUCUGAUGGAAGUCAGCAGGCAGAGCUGGUGGUAGUGAAAGAAGUGGACCGGAAGAUCUACUCCUCAUUUGAGUUGAUCUUGACUGCCAUUGAUCAUGGAGAGCCCCCUAGAUCUGGAACUACAUUAGUGAGGGUGACUGUGCUGGAUUCAAAUGAUAAUAGCCUGAUGUUUGCCCAGAGUUCUGUGACAGCAGAAAUCAGGGAAGAUGCUUUGCCAGGAACUCCUUUGAUCAACCUCACUGCCACUGAUCCUGACCAAGGAUCCAACGGAGAGAUUGAAUACUCCCUCAGCAAACAUGCUUCUGUGGAGGUGCUUAGAACAUUUACCAUUGAGGGUCAGACAGGCCGUGUUCUCCUGCAGCAGCCACUGGAUUAUGAAAAGACCCCUUCCUACGAGCUGGAUGUGCAAGCCAGAGACCAUGGUGCUAAUCCUAUCUCAGCCCACUGCAAACUCCUGGUACGUGUUCUGGAUGUCAAUGAUAAUGUGCCUGAUUUUCAUGUUGUCUGGGCAAGACAGGCAGCUGUGGUAUCAGAAGCUCAGCCAAAGGACAGCUUUGUUGCUCUGGUGACAGCCUCGGACCCUGAUUCAGGCAAAAAUGGACAGGUGGAUUGUUAUAUCAGACAGGGCAGUGAGCAUUUCACCUUAAGAAAAAUCAGUCCUGGCAGCUACAUGUUGCUGACAAAUGCCCCUUUGGACAGGGAGAGCUGGGCAGAGCAUAAAUUGACCUUAGUAGUUAAGGACCAGGGGGCCCCUUUGUUGGCUGUAACCAGGACCUUCACUGUUCAUGUCAGUGAUGUUAAUGACAAUGCACCCUCUUUUGAAGCAAAUGCUUACCACAUUUCCAUAGCUGAGAACAGUGUGCCUCCUUCAGCUUUGCUGGUUGUCAGGGCCCAUGAUGCAGACUCAGGCUUAAAUGGGAAAGUCAUUUAUAGAAUCCAAGAUCCUAUAAUUUCAAAGUGGUUCACUAUUGAUGCUAGCACUGGGGAAAUUUGGGCCUACGCUGAUUUAGAUGCUGAAAAUAUAGCUAGCUUUGACUUUCUUGUAAUAGCAGAAGAUGCAGGCCAGCCUAGGCUAUCAUCCAAUGUUUCUGUGAGUGUCACAGUUCUUGAUGUAAAUGACAAUUCCCCAGUGGUAAUAAAGCCAGAACUAGAAGGUGGGUGGGCAAGCAUCACUGUCCUUGUGGAAACUGACACUGGUUCUGUACUGAUUCCCAAGGAGGAAGGUGGUUCUGAUCUAGCACCUUCAGCCAGCACUCCCUUGCUGUUCACAAUAUCAGCUAGAGAUGCAGACUCUGGCCUGAAUGGGGCACUGCUCUAUAAUAUUAUUGGUGGCAAUGAAGCUGGCAUUUAUUUGCUUGAUCCUCAGUCAGGUCAGUUUUAUCUGAACAGAAGCAAUGCCAGCGGUCUUGUGGACAGUGAAUGGGACCUGGAGUUGUCUGUGAGUGACCAAGGGAUAGUGCCACGCUUCACCAGAGUUCUACUGAAGGUAACUUUCAGCAGUUACAGUGAGGCCAUGCCAGAUUCCUUCCCUGUGUCCCAGCCCCUCAGUCCCUCUGCAGUGAUGGGGAUCUGCCUUGUGGGGCUGUUUGCCAUCUCUCUAGUCAUUUGGGGGUUGAGCAUGUCCCUGUGUAAAAGGGAGAAGCAUGGCAACAUGGCAUAUAACUGUCGGGAAGCAGAGCAUGCCUACAGCCAGCAGCAGCCAAAGAAGCCCCACAAACCUAUCCAAAAAGCAGACAUCCAUGUAGUGCCUAUGCUAUGGCGGGGAGAUGCUGAGCAACCUCAGGCUGCAAUAGAGAUUCCCCCAGAAACUGCCUGGACGGAUGCCUUGGGGGUGCCAAGCCACAUGACUCCAACUCUGUACAGGACCCUCAGGAACCAAAGAAAUCAGAGCAGCCUUGCUGAGCAGAGUGAGAGAUUUGCUCUUCCUGCAGUGCAACACAGACCUUUCUGUACUAAAAAACUGAGAAAUCCCAGUGCUCAGAGUAUACAACUCAUUAAUCCAAAGUCAUGUGCCAAGGAUCCCUUGUCAGAAACAACUCCAGAGCAUCAUGGCAAACUCAGCGUAAAGGGAGGCCUAGAGAAAACUCAUAGUCACCAGCACAUCCUGAGGAGCCUAGUGAGGCUCUCCAUGGCAGCUCUUGCUGAGCAAGGUCCUGGACAACUAACCAUGGAAUCAGCUCCUGUGCAGCAAAUCUCACAGCUGCUAUCUCUUCUGCACCAAGGCCAAGUGCAACCCAAGCCUAACCACAGAGGCAACAAAUAUGCUGCUAAUCAUGCUGACUGUAGGACAUCUGAUCACGUUGUUGAGAAUCUCAUCACUAAGGAGGGCUGUGGCAAUAAGGAUCAUGAUUUGGAGCUACUAGGACCGGAAUUAAGAAACCUAUUCAGCUCCCCAUCUGGGCUGGACUUGGACCAGCUGCCUGAAGGAGAUCCAGCAUGGAUGGGCAGGCUGUCCCUUCCACUCUCAACUGACUACAAGGACAAUGUUGUCUCACCAGCUGCUCUGCAGUUGCCACCCACCCACGGGUGGGUGACAGGGAGAGAUAAACCUCACACUUUUCUAACCUUUGGCAAAGCAGCCCGGGAUGAGCUGAAUAUAACAGAGCCAAUGCUGGCCAGCACUUUUUUCUCUGAGAUAAACACUCUGUUUGAGAUUAUCUUAGCUCAGCAAGCCAGCCCCCAAGUGGACGUAUCCUUGGGGCUCUUUCGGCAACUCUCAAUAUGUAGCCGAACUUUAGAGUCAGAUGGAAGUGCUGUGGGGGCUGCAGUUGGCAACUGCAGCAGCAAGGGUAUGUGAAGAAACAAGUACAGACACUGCAAUCAAGGAAGCAGGCUUCCAGCAUCUCAAGGAGCUGAAGAGGGAGAAUGUCUUGGACACACUUCACCUCUUAUUUAUCAGCUACUAGCAGCCAGUCCUCCUGACAUUACAUAUACGUAGAGCAGCCCUGCUGUUCACUGACAUGGAAUGGUAAUUGCAGAGGUGCUACAAUGGAGCUCUUCCAUGAAUACCUGCUGCAGGAAAUCAGCAUGGCAGAUCUCUCCUAUUGCCAAUUUUGCUAGUAAAAUGAAAGACCACGUGGAGCACAGGCACUGGUGCCUCUCACUGAAUUUUGUGUGUGUGUAGCAGCAGAUGCCAGAAACAUGCAGAAACAGAACCCAGAGUUAUGCUCUAAGGCAAGGAAAUUCUGCCUUUUGGUCAGACUCUGAGCCAGCAGCAGUUGCUCCCCAUCAAUUUUCAAACCUUCUUCUACACAACAAUGAAACCUAGAAGUUGUUGCAAAUCAAACAAAAUACAAUAUAAGACUUAGGAACCAAAAUUCUGCACCUUGAUCUCUCCCUAAAUUCUACUCCCUUUUUACUCUUAACACAUUUUAUCUUAGGGCACAGAUAGGAUUUCAGUGUAUGACAUGGUGAUGAAGAGCAAAUAGAUACCUAUGGGGUCCGAAUGCUGCCCUGGGCUUCUGAAGCCUGUUACUAGAAACCUACACAUUUGAGAGUGACCUUUGGGUCUUGAUGGGUCCAUUACUCAAUGUAACGACUGGCAUUUUGCUAGAUUCGCUUUCUAGGAAUGUGUUAUUAGUUACAUUCCCAUCCCACCUUUCCUUCAAGGAACUCACAACUCUGUGAGGUAGGCUAAACUGAGAUAGUGACUGGCCGAGGGUCAUCCCAUGUUUCAUGAUUGGGUGCAAAUCUCCUAGUUCAACACUCUAACCACUACGCCACACUGGCUCUUGUUCAAUAACAAAUUCAGUAACUCUAGCAUGCUAGAGAGAGAAGACUGGCAGCUCCUUCCUCCAGAAUAUGGUGUCAAUUUGUAGCUACUUGAAUGUCUGAAUCAGUUUGCUUUAAAAAAAAAUUUUUCUGUAUUAUACUUGUAUUCCUCUCAAACAGGGGCCCCAGUCCACUCCACAUCUACUUAGUUUCAGCAAUACUUCAGGAGAAAGUGUAUGUCCCCAUGUACUGAUCUCACAGAAUCGCAGUUGUUAUCAGACACUGAAUUUGGUCUUACACUAUUAAGGCUCUGUAUGUUAUCUCCCAUACAACUAAACCUAAGAACAUGUACAUGAGAUAAUCACAAAUUAUUAUCACAUAUUAUUUCUCUGUUUACCCUGGCUCCACUACCUUCCUCUUUGACAUGUCUUUUUCUGUAUUGUGAGUGAAUUGGGGCAGAGCCUUGUCCUCUCAUCUGUUCUAAAGGGGUGUUCAUCUGUUUGUGAAUGGUGCUACACACACAAAUGGCACGUUUCCAAACCAUUCAUUGACCUCACAGAAUCACAGUUGUAUCAGACACUGAAUUUGGACUUAGAGACUAUUAAGAUUCUGCUUAUUAGGCUCUGUAAGUCAAACAUGUUUGUAUCACAGUUGCAGUAUCUGGUA